AUGCACCACCGCCCCUCCUCCUCCUCCGCCGACGCCGCGUCGUCGUUGCCGCUCUCCCCCGCCGACGGCUUCCUCCGAGUGAAGGACGGCGUGGACGGGAUGAUCAAGUACGUCGCCAACGAGCCCUCCGUCGGGCUCUACUUCGUCCAGCAGCACGCCCGGGCCUCCAUGCCCCUCCUCCUCGACGUCAAGGGUAAGCUUGCAGAAAAGACUCAUGAGGUGACACUGCGCACAGAAGACAUGGAGGAUUCUAUCUGCGCUGUGAGAUCCAUGGCUGAUUUUGGACUUCCACUUGUUGAUGACAUGAUCAAGGACAUAAAUAGAUCACUGCAAAUAAUGUCAAAGAUCCAGCCAAAGAGAGGGUUGAUCCAGAACCCCAGUUGGGGGUUCCAGUCAAGGAAAAGCUCAGGAACUUGGGAUGAAUUGGGCUCUACCAAUGGAAGUAGCAGCAGGAACUACUUCUCUUCAAUGUUCAACACUGCGAAGCAAAAGGCAUCCAGUCUCAGGUGGCCACAGCCUGAUUUUACAAUGAAAGAUGAUGGUAGCGAGAAUUCAGCAUCUUCUGCUGCCCCAGAAUCGUCACAAGCUGGUGGACAAGGUGCAUCUACACCAGAUACAGAAAAGGAUGAACUCCCCAUUUCAAGUCGGUUGUCAGAUGGUACGACUGCAAUGAACCGUAGCUUGCCUGCUACUGGCGUCUCCGAAACAGUGGAGGCUUACAAUAAGUUCAAAGAAGAACAGGAACUAAAACUUCAGGAGUGGCUUAGAGACUCUGAAGAAGCUGUCGGCGAUAAAGACUGA